UGAUUUUGUUACACAAUCUUAUUACUUGAAUGUUUUUUUUUGUUGUUUAUUUGAAGAAUUUAUACUGAACCACGUGUUAGAGGGUGUACACUACCUGAAAGAGUUCACCAGUGGCUUAAGCCAUCCAACUCCUCAAGGACAACAGUUGCAUUUCUCCCUGGCACCAGAUGGAUCUGUUAAAGUAAAUGGUGCAAAUAUCGUGGAAUAUAACAUUUUAACCGAAAAUGGCGUCGUACAUAUCAUUGAUCGUGUUCUGUUUACACCACCACUAUCUGGUGGUCAACCACAACGUCCGUUUAGACCUGGUGCACCAGGAACAGCUGGUCAACCACAGCGUCCAUCAAUCUCUAAUCGUCCUGGACAACCUGUGGGUGCCUCAAGAGGAAGUGAUUCCAUUAUGCCUCCCUAUCAUCCACCACCAAUUACGACUCCACAGCCUGAUGGCCAGGAGCCAAUUUUACCUCCUCCACCAGGACUGGUGACUGGAAGUGGUGCUCCUCCUCCCCCAGGAAAUACUAUUCUUCAGAUCAUUGAAAUGCCUGGUCUCAAUAUCCAAGGGCAGCCAGUUGGCCUUAACACCUUUUAUGACUUGCUUAAAAAUUCAGGCUUGAUAAAUACACUCAACAAACAAGGUCCUUUCACAGUGCUUGUCCCUACUGACGACGCAUUUUCUAAUCUUCCGGCUGGAGUUCUGAAUGAACUCAAGAAUAACCCUCAGUUACUGAGACGUGUACUUCUAAAUCAUGUUCUCAGCCUUUCUCUCAACCCGCAAGAUCUCCAGAACAACAUGGUGAUAGAAACAAACAGCGGUCUUCGGCUGUUCGUUAGUGUUCUCAAUGGUGGACAGAAAAUUUUGAUUGGAGGACCAAAACUAGUUGCAUCAACAUUAACAGAAAAUGGUUACGUGUACAUCAUCAACCGAUUCCUUAAUCGUCUGCCAGCAGUAAACAUUGUUACAGAACUUAACAGCCGUGAAAACCUUGCUAAGCUAGUCUCCUCGGUCGUGACUGCAGGACUGGAACAAACAUUUCGCCACGAAGGCCCGUACACAGUUUUCGCCCCAACUGACGAAGCCUUCGCUGCCCUUCCAGAAAAUGACCUGCGACAAUUACUUGGAAACCCCGAGGCUUUGAAAGAGGUGAUACUGAACCAUGUGGUAGAGGGCGUUCAUUAUAAAAAAGAAUUCAGCAGUGGACUUGUCCUCCCUACGCCUAGGGGGCAAAACCUUCGUUUUGUUGUGGCAUCAGAUGGGACUAUUACCGUUAAUAACGCUAGAGUCGUCGAAUCUGAUAUUCUGACUGGAAAUGGCGUUAUACAUGUUAUUGACCGUGUUCUUGUGACGUCAUCAGAAGUAGAUGUGUUUAGUAACAGGUUCCCAGGAGGUAUAAUCUCCUAGAAUUUCUACUCUUUUUUAGGAUAUUUUAUUAUAAUAAUGAGAAAACAAUUAUUCGAAAAAGUUAUAUAGCAUUAAUACGUGAUAUUUCCAUACGUAGUCAAAAAUAAAGUAAAAUAUAUAAAUUUCAUAAGGUGUGUUACGUUCUGCUUCAACCAGAAUGUUACUAAUAUUUCAAACAGUUGUAGGU